AUGGCUAUGGAUGAGAUCUCCGAUAGCAUACCAUCAGCUUGGAGGCAAUCUACAUUCCCAAACGCUGCGUACAAAAGCAAAGCCUACUUCCUUUCCUCAACAUAUAACAUUCCACUCAAGUUUUUCCACAUGUACUCAUUUCGUUACUACCUAGAUUCCUGGAUAGAAGUGGCAUCCCAACCUUCCUCCUCAUCUUUAUCCUCCUCCGCAGCAAAUGAUGAGAUUGUUACAACUGGCCUUAGGGUUCCACCUCGUCGGAUGCGUGGAAAUCGCCAGGUCAUUGCUGCGCAAGAUCUAAAUAUUACAUACUCCCAUCGACAUUCCGUUGCAAACGAUAGUAGUCAGGAAGAGUACGAAGAGACAGAGAGCGAUUCUGAUCGCAUCUUGAGCAGCUCCAAUGAAGAUAUCCGCGCAAGCCGUCGUCACACAGUCACUUUUAUCCCUGGGAAUUCAUCUACUUCCGAUGUAGCAAUGUCCAGCGAAGAUGAUGACAACCUAACAGCUUUGGGGCCGUCAAAUCGAUCUUCCUUCACCCCACAACCAAAUGUAUUCUCGCAUCCCCCCGCCUCGCAGACAAAUAUUCAAUCCCAAGCAGCAUACCCCUCAGAAAGUCACGCGGCAAACCGCAUCGAAAAUAGAACUAGAAGCCAUCGGAACUCCAGGAGUAGCAUACAAUCCUCACGCCGUUUCCGAAACCAACAUCCACAACAUUCCCCUUACAAUAUUUACUCUCCGUCACACCAAGCAGACCACGAUGCUGCUCUCCGUGCGAGUUUAUCUACCCUGUUGUCAUGUGCAGCGGCAGCUCGAGGCUUGACCAAGAGAGACAGUCAAUAUCAAGCGCCUGAACGGCCGAGCAGCCAUCCUGAACCUUCGUCAUUUCGACUUGUUCCUGAAACAGUCGCUGUUCAAGAAGAUGCGGCAGGUCAGCAUAAUAUUUCUAAUGAUGUGCAACACCGGUCCUCAUCUCUUUCACCAUCAAAACGAUCACGUUCACCCAUACAAUCAACAACAAGGGUGAGACGAAAAGCCAGUCCAUCUAAAACCCACCCUGUUGCUCCCACCUCGUCCAAGAAAACUCGUCGCACUACGUCGGAGACUAGUUCUCUAAUCAGCCCUACGAUAAUGACCUGGGUGGUAAGUGCUGGCGUCGUAGUAUUGUUCUCAGCAAUCAGUUUCUCUGCUGGUUAUGUUAUUGGCCGAGAGGUUGGAAGAACAGAAGGAAGCCAGGUUCUUUAUAAUUCUGGAGUAGGCAACGGAAUAUCAGGCGCAAGAACCAGUACAGGAUGCGGAAAGGAAGCCGUCAAGGGGGGGUUGAGACAGUUUCGAUGGGUCAGUGGAGGUUCCGGGUCCGCGGUUGCUGUUUGA